UUCAAAGUGGAACAAUUUUUUUUCUUCAACCUUUAAGGUUAUACAGACAUUUUUUUCUCUCACUUUAAAUCAUCUUAACAUCUUGAUUUUUCUCAUGCUACUAUAAUUAAGUGAGAAUAUGUUAAUAAGUGAAAGUGAUACAAAAAACAAAAAAAUUUCUCGCGUUUGAAAAAAAAGUUUCAACUUUAUUGAUUAAUAAAUAGGUGCAUAAUUUGUUUGUUGUCUACUUGUUAGUGUAUGUGUCUCUCUGUGUUCAUAUAAUAUAUAUUGUGAGAUGUUCAUAUUUAAUUCGUGUUAUUGGUACAAUUUCAAACAUUAAAAUUGAAAUAUUUUCCCAUGAAAAAUGGCUCAAUCAUCAAAUAUUAGUUCACGAAUGUUCUGUGUGUUGUUGAUAAUGUUAUCUAGUCAUUUUAUAUGUUUAUCAUUUGCUGCAGCCACUCGAAAAUAUUGUCAAACAUCGAAUGAUUGUAAUGAAAAUCAAUGCUGUAUCGAAACACCUAUUGGAUGGAAAUUCUGUCUUGAUUAUGAACAAUCUGGUGAAACUUGUUUUUAUCGUUACAGAACGCCGACUUGUGGCUGUGCACGAGGAUUAAAAUGUGUAUCAACAAGUCCGAUGCAACCAGGAGAUUGGAAUCAUGAUUAUAUUUGUGCACGAGUACGACCAUUCCAAUAUCAUAAAUUAGUUCCAUAUUUUAAUGAUGAAAAUCAUUUAUACAAAUGAAAAUUUUAUUCACGAUUGUUUUAUGUUCUUUUUAACCUCAUUUUUUGUCAAAUAAUAAUAAUAUAAUAAAUCGGAAAAAAUUUAAAUAAUUUA